CCCUUUUUUAUUUGCCUCAGUAGAUCGGGUUUGCUACUAUUUCUUUCUCCAACAAUCUUCUCUUCUCUCAAUUGGAUUUCCUUCUUUGAUUUAGUUUUUGCCAUGGCUCCAAAUGAUCCUAAGCAAGCUGCUGCUUCUGGUGGUGGGGGCUUUUUUGCUUCUAUUGCUUCCAGUUUGUCCAAUUUUGGUAGUGCUAUGUCCAAAUCCGUUAAUGGUAUGAUGGCCUAUGAGGGACUGGAGGUUAUUAAUCCAGAAGGCGGAACUGAAGAUGUUGAAGAAGAAGCAAAAAAGGGACGUUGGAAACAAGAGGAUCGAGAUAGUUACUGGAAAAUGAUGCAAAAGUAUGUUGGCUCCGAUAUCACAUCAAUGGUGACACUUCCAGUUAUAAUUUUUGAGCCAAUGACAAUGCUGCAGCGAAUGGCUGAGCUUAUGGAGUAUUCUUACCUGUUGGAUAUGGCGGACAAGACCGAGGAUCCAUACAUGAGACUAGUAUAUGCUUCAUCAUUCUUCAUAUCUGUCUACUAUGCAUAUCAGCGAACAUGGAAGCCAUUCAAUCCAAUUCUUGGUGAGACUUACGAAAUGGUUAACCAUGGUGACAUGACAUUUAUAGCAGAGCAGGUCAGCCACCACCCCCCAAUGAGUGCUGGGCAUGCUGAAAACGAACAUUUCACUUAUGAUGUGACAUCAAAAUUGAAAACCAAAUUUCUCGGCAACUCAGUCGAUGUAUAUCCUGUUGGAAGAACACGUGUUACCCUAAAAAAAGAUGGCGUAGUCCUUGAUUUGGUGCCUCCUCCUACAAAAGUUAGCAACUUGAUUUUCGGACGAACGUGGAUUGAUUCACCUGGAGAGAUGAUCUUGACAAAUCUGACCACAGGGGACAAAGUGGUGCUGUAUUUUCAACCAUGUGGCUGGUUUGGUGCGGGUAGAUAUGAAGUGGACGGAUACGUGUAUAAUUCUGCUGACGAGCCCAAGAUACUGAUGACUGGAAAAUGGAACGAGUUUAUGAGUUACCAAGUUUGUGACUCAGAAGGAGAACCACUUCCAGGCACUGAACUGAAAGAGGUUUGGAGAGUUGCAGAUGUCCCUAAGAAGGACAAGUUUCAAUACACACAUUUUGCACAUAAGAUUAAUAGCUUUGACACUGCUCCCAAGAAGUUGUUGGCAUCUGAUUCUCGUCUGCGUCCUGAUAGAAUGGCCCUUGAGAAGGGUGAUCUAUCCACAUCUGGUUAUGAGAAGAGCAGUUUGGAGGAGAGGCAAAGAUCUGAGAAGAGAAACCGAGAGGCCAAGAACCAUAAAUUCACACCAAGAUGGUUUGAUUUAACAGAUGAAGUAACUACGACCCCUUGGGGUGAGUUGGAAGUGUACCAAUACAAUGGUAAAUAUACUGAACAUCGUGCUGCUAUAGAUACUUCAGAGGGCAUUCAUGAAUCUGACAACAGACCAGACUUCAACCCUUGGCAAUAUGAUAAUUUGGAAGCUGAAUAAUAAGCAUCCUUGUGGAAUUCUUUCUAUUUUUUUUAAGCGCCAUAUUGUUUUUGACUUUGUAAUGUAUCAUGAUUUGAAUGCUUGAAAUUUUCUUUUGCUUUUGGAGUUGUUUUGUUAUACUAGAUGUUGUAGUGUUUGAUUAAUGAAUAGGAGCUUUGUAAUCAUCAGUCCACUUUGCAUCGAUAGAUUUUAGUAGAUAAAUUAGACAUGCAUCCUUAAUUUUUC